UAAAAUUCAGUUGGCUGUGAGCACCUGAUGUGUGUGUUACGGUAGUCUGUUCGUCCCGACAGUAGUAUUAAUUCGUAAUAUACUGUUGUCGGCGUAAUUUUAGGUUUAAUUAAAUCAUAAAUAAUGGCUAAUCUUCGACAAACUCCUCUAACUUGCAGCGGCCAUACUCGACCAGUAGUGAAUCUUGCAUUUAGUGACAUUACCGAGUGUGGAUACUUCUUGAUUUCGGCGUGCAAAGAUGGCAAACCCAUGUUGCGACAGGGUGACACUGGAGAUUGGAUAGGAACUUUUGAAGGCCACAAAGGUGCUGUUUGGGGGGUGGCCCUGAACAAAGACGCGACAAAAGCAGCUUCUGGAGCUGCAGAUUUCAAUGCAAUGGUGUGGGACGCAGUGAGUGGACAAGGUGUACAGUCUUUCCAGCACAAGCAUAUUGUGAAGAGUGUAGAUUUCUCUUCAGAUAGCACGCUUUUCACGACCGGAAGCAACGAGAAGUUGAUUCGAAUCUUUGAUCUCAACAAGCCUGACGCCAGUCCAGUAGUGUUAAACGGCCACACAUCUGGAAUCAGGCACGUGUUCUUCUUCCGAAAUGACACAAGGCUCGUCUCUUGUGCUGACGAUAAAACGUUGCGGGUUUGGGACAGAGCAUCCAACCAGGAAGUGAAGAAGGUUGAAUUCAAUUCGGUGCCGAACAGUCUUGAAGUUUCACGUGAUGGAACUAUUUUGACCGUGGCUCAUGGUGAUUGUGUCACCUUUUUCGACUCGGACAGGUUGGAUAAGAUAAGGGAGGUUAAGGUGCCGACUCGCGUGAACUCGGCUUCUCUGAAUCCAGACCGAACCAUAUUUGUCUGUGGUGGCGAAGAUCUCAAGAUGUACAAAUUCGAUUUCCUUACUGGCAAUGAAAUCGAAUCGUUCAAAGGCCACUUCGGCCCGGUGCACUGCACACGUUUCUCGCCGGACGGCGAGCUGUACGCUUCGGGUUCCGAGGACGGCACACUGCGUCUGUGGCAGACGACCGUCGGCAAGACAUAUGGCCUGUGGAAGUGCGUCGACGGAGUGCCUCUUCCCACUGCGCACGCGCAGGACUCGCUCUCCAACACCAGCAUUCAGGAAGUGGUCGCUAACUGAAAUUAUGACAACACUCUUUGGAGAGCAUUCGACAGAGAGUAACACCUUGUCCAUCCACACACUUCCCCGCUAAAAAAAGUUGACCAACUGUGACAAUUUUGAAAUGAAAAUCUGAAACUACAACUGCGAUUUUUGGACAGCUUUCGACAGAUAGGAACAAUGACACACCUCGAUCUACUUUCUAAAAAAAGUUGACCAAAUGUGACAAGUUUGAAAUGGAAAUCUGAAACUACAACUGCGAUCUUUGGACAGCUUUCGACAUAUAGGAACACUGACACACGUCGAUCUACUUUCAUCGAUUUCCCCGCUAAAAAAAGUUGACCAACUGUGACAAGUUUGAAAUGAAAAUCUGAAACUACAACUGCGAUCUUUGGACAGCUUUCGACAGAAAGGAACACAUUCACGUUGAUCUACUUUCUUCGAUUUCCCCGCUAAAAAAAUGUGAGGAUUUUAAUAUUACAGAAUGAAACCCAUAGUAACGAUCUUUGGACAGUAUUCGACAGAAAGUAACAAUGUGUCAACAUAUGCUGACCAUCGUGGAUUCACGGUGUAUAUUCCCGUACUGUACACCUGUGGUGACAAUUCUUUAAUGAACCUAUAACAACACAAAAUAGCAUCCAAUUGAGAGUAACUUACUCUUUGAUUUCCUAGCUACCAUUUCAAGAAUAAAGUGCAUUUUGCCGUAUACCAGUGGUGAAAAAUUAAAUGUAUGGCUAAAAAUCUUUCAACAUCAUUUAACUGACAGGAAACACCAUGUUCAAAUACUCUUUGUUCUGCUUCCGUUAGUAGAACCAUAGUUGAACCGCUAGUGAAGCAUCCAUGAGGUGCAUUUUACUGUAAUAAAGUGCUUCAACAAUAACCAGUGCAACUAUAUCCAUACAAUCAUCUAACAUUAUCGACUCCGUGUAGGAAGUGUUCCUGUAAACCAGUGUCAACUCAUUCAAAAAUAAAAUAGGUUUUUGAGAGUUAUCGUAACAUACAUACUACUUACUACAUAACCUGAGCACCUACAUACUUGACCGCACAUCUACAUAAUGGGCAUUUCCAGCUAAAAGAACUAUGGCGAACAUUGCUAAUUCGUAUUAAAAUGAGAAAACGUUGAUUACGGGGAUUUUCUGAAAACCAUGAAUUUGUAUCGACUACCAACUGUGCAUUAUUUUCACAAUUUAAAACCUGUUUAUAGUGUGUUGUUUCUGCUUUCACGCCCGGUUUCAAAAUCGGGAAUCAACUAGACUUUGAGAAUAUUCGCAAGUAAUAGUGUAAAUUAAGGUGGGACUUCUUCUAAAUUUAUCCAAUUUGAAGUGGAUAACUGUAGAUUGAGGAAUUUAUUUCAAAUGACGUAGUGAAACAUUUUGUUAUUGGUGGAGAAUUAAAUUCAAACGUCUUUACCAUCUAUAAGUCUUAUAAAUUGUGCGUUUUCACUGCUAUGGAACUCUGUAGAUCAGUGCUUAUAAGAAAAAUAGAUUCUAAAAUAAAUUCCGCUUACUGCGCUGCGACUUUGGGAACAGUUAUUUCCUGUAGUAUCUCGUACAUUGCUUUUCCUAUAAAACUUUGUAGAACGGUUAUAGUUAUUAUCUUUCAAGUAUGCUAAUUUGGGAAUUAGAGGCAAUGAAAAUUACUCUAGUAAUAAUUAAUGUAAAAAGUGACUAUUUCCAAUUAUCCUGUGUAAUUUUAAAGGAAAUACACAUCAGAGGAAGAUUUGUCAUAAGCAAGUUUUAUUUAGUGAUUUCAACUCGCUCGUAGCAAUGAAAAAUGCUAGUUUUCUAUUUAAUUCCUUUCCCUCCAGUCAAUUUUGUUGUAUAAAUGCAUUUAACAAUUCAAUCUAACAUAUUUGUUAUAAUAACGCAGUUUUUUAACUAUUAAAAAUUGUGGGGAAUAUUGUCUGCAACUUGUAAACUUGCAACAAUAUCUUGAAAAUGUUUUUUUCUACUGAGAUAAGUCCCUCGACACUUUCAUUAUUUGUCCUGCUAUCAUAACUCAAUACAUCAGUGCUAACUUUUAAUAUAUAGUUUUAGUCGUUUCCUCUUAUUUAUUAUUGAUAUUAUCUAUGAAGCAGUCAAUACUUGAAUGAACUUCAUUAUCAAAAUAUUGUAAUUAUGGUCAUCAUCCUGAAUGCUUUUGACAGUGGGAAGUUUUAUUCUGACUUUGAAGCUUCAUUUCAAAUUUACUAAUUCAUUUUAGCUUAAUUUUAUUAAUGAUAUUGGAUCAAUUAGAACCUUCCUGAUUCAAGUGAACGCAGUUCCAUUUUUAACCGUUAGGAGGAUUUUCAUCCGUGAUUCCUUUAAUGAAACUGAGUUUAUUUGUCAGCAAGUUAGAAAUUGUUGUAGACUAUUGGAAUUUACUAUUCCAAACUAUUGGAUUUUUUUUACAAAUUUAAGCUUUGAAUUCCAAUAUAUUCUCGUGGUUAUUCAAAAGAUUGUGUAAACACUUCAUCCUCCAUUUAUCACAAAUUAAAUAAUUAAUUAACACUUUCUUCUCAAGAUCUUUCUUGAAAUAUUGAUGAUACUAAUUCAUUUACUCUUGAAAUUGAUAUUAAUUAUAAUCUUAUUGACUUUCCUCGAUUUUUCAUAUCUAGAUCGAUUUUUUCUAGUUUAUUUAACUAAAUGUAGAUAAAGAAUUGUAUUUCCAAGAGUCCUAUUGUACGACUACCUCCCGUACCCGUUGAGUUCUCUCUUCUAAUUCCGCAUUAUAGUAUGAAAAUUUAAAAAAAUAUCUAUCUUAAGGUACAUUAUAAUGUUCAAUAUAAUUAACUUAUUAUUCUAUACGCCUCGUCUAAGUUUAGUUGAUCUUAUUUAUUUAUUAAUACAGUAAAAUUGUAGUUUUGUUGUGACAACUGUUGUUCGAAUGUGAUUGGUCUUUAUAUGACACUACUAUGGCAUUAUUAUGCAUACCGGUAAUCAUAAUAAUUGUUAUAAUGUUUGAUAGUUUGAAGUGGUGAUAAUUUUAUGAAACUGCUCUUUCAAUAUUUUAAGGAGAAGACUGAAAAUAUUAGUGGUUUUAGAAAAUUUCCUGAAAUGUUGUUUAUCUUUUAAUUUGCAACGUUAACUUCCAACAAUUCAAUAGUUGAACUGUGUGUAUGAGAGUAUUAAAUUCUGAUAUCUAGGUACUGUAGUUUUUGCUUUACAUCAAGGGUAUAUUAUCAUCGUGAAUAAUGUACCAGAUCCUUUCAAUAUAUUGCAAUAACUUAUAACUUCCACAAACUUAUCAAAUUAAUUAACUUGGUGCAGUAAUAUUGGAUUUUUAUAAUCUACAGUCUGUACUCUCAUGCAUAUUUUCUUCUAUUAUUUACAACCAUACUGUUUCAUUAGUUCAACCGAAAUUGUUGAAUUUCUUUCAUGAAAUUUAAUCAUCACUGAACUUCAUUAACUAUCAUUAAAAAAAAUAUUGGUAAACAUUUAAAUUAGUUUAGUAGGAAAUAGUCAUUCUAUGUAUUUAUUAAUAUUCGGCAAUAUUAAAUAUCAAGUAUCAAAAUGUGUUACUUCUAAAAUUAACUAUCAAUUCUUUAUUUGAAAUUUUCUGUAAUAAUCAUAUUUUUUAAAAUCUCUUCAGUAUAUGUUCUCUAAUCUUUUGAAUAAUAAAAGAUUUUUGCCAUACUAGUUAGCUCUAAAUAGGAUGAAAUUUCACUCUAAAGAGAUAUUUCUUUAUUAUCUAUGAAUUAUUUCAAAAAUUGUGGCUUUAACUUUAUGUAUUAAUUUCAUGGAUAGAUAAACUGAGUCUAAGUUGACUAUCUUGAAAUUUCUUAUGCAUUUUAUUUGUAAAUGCUUUUCAUUGUCAAGAAUUUUAUUUUGGGGAACUAAUAUUGUAAGAAGUAACAGUCAAGAUUUGUUAUCACUUAUUUUGUUUUGAUUUUACUCAUUUGGCACUAAUACGUUUUUUGAUGUGUUAUUUUAAACAGCAUUUAAAAUGGUAAAAAACAUGCUAGAUGAGAAUUCAGGACUUUUAGUUGAUAAUAUUCUAAUUUACAGUCAUUAAAAUGUGAUUAUGUUUGUACAUUUGUCGUUCCUGUGUAAAAUAUGUACAAGAUGAAUAAAUUUUUUAAGAAUUUUAAA